GUUUGCUGUAAUCCAUAAAUCAGAGCAGUAUCUAGAUAUCUCGAUUGUUGAAAUCGCGGCAGCCUACGUGCUAUGUACAUGUUUUCUCUAUUUCUAAGCAAAUACGCGAUUUCAACGACAACAUAAUUUCACGCUGUUUGGUGAUCAUCAGAAACGAUUUAUUGAAUUGUAAAGCAAGCAAGGCAAGCAUCAUCGGGCCUUCCCGUUGUUUAGCCCUGCCCCUCAUCGUCAUAAUAGUUCAAUUGAAAAACUUUGACUCUUCACAUUCUACCCAACGAACCUCAAAAUGGCUGACAACGGUCCCUCCAAUUUGAUCGACCCGUCCAUUUUCGAGUACCUCAAGGCUCAUGGUGAGGAGGAGAUCGAGGUCGGUGACAAGCUUCACCACAUCACCUCUGCUCUCAAUCGCCAUAUCUCAACCUGCCAAGGCUUUCUCAGCCGUAUCCAUUCGACCCCCAGCUCUAAGCUGCCGCCGUUAUUGAAGCAGGUUGAGGAGGAUGGUAUCAAGCCCGAGAUCGAAAGCGUUGGCGAGCUAGCCCAGUUUGCAUCUACCUAUCCUUACUACAAAUACAACCACAGAUGGUCCCGAAGCAUGCAGAAUGUUGUUGGUACUAUCUUAUUGACCGGCUGGCUGGGUGGUUUGGGGACCGAGUCGCGCCCGGGCGAGCUUGGUCGUCUUCUGACCAUCGAAGAGGUCGGGCAGCUUUUGAAAGUACCCGUCAAUCUCAAAGACAGAGAUGCAUUUCACAUUACUAUUGAGGAAUACAUCCUAGCCCUGACAGAUAUCACCGAGGAGCUCAGUCGGCUAGCUAUGAACUCGGUAACGAUGGGUGAUAUCGAUCUGACGGUCAGAAUCAGCAGCUUCAUCAAGGACUUAUUUGCCGGCUUCCAGCUGCUCAACUUGAAGAACGACAUCGUUCGGAAGCGAGUUGAUGCCGUCAAGUACCACGUUAAGAAAGUUGAGGAUGUUAUCUACGAUCUGUCGCUUCGUAACUUGAUCCCCAAGCACGAGGCUAGCUCCUGAUCUGACGACAUGUCAACUUGAAUGUCAAUUCGAAGUAGUACAGUCAAAUAAUUGGCUACCUAGGUAGGUAAGGCAUAUUCAUAGUAAUAUGAACCUUACAAUAGACAAUGCAUUGAUACUUGAUAAUGGCUGGAGUUACAUGAGACUUGAUAACAAUUAACUACAUACCUAGGUAACACAAUUCCCUUUAUUUUAUGGAUGCC